GGUGUGAAUUGGGUUUCUGGGGUUGGCAAAUAUCAUCAACAACCCACAUUGUUGAGGAGACUGACGAGUGACGAGAGAAAGAGAAAAGAGAGAAAAUGGUGAAAGCAAGCGAAAUAGAUGGCGUAACAGUACCCGAAGCCACCAUAGAAUCACUGAACCGUACUCUGCACAGCGUUGAGCAACUCGAGGCACAGUUACCCGAGUUCCUUUCCCUCUCCGACCCUGAACUCCUUGAACAAAUGCCACUCCUUCACCGUGCUCACUCCCUCUUCUCCCUCGCCAAACUCACUUCCACCCUCUUCUCAUUGAAGUUGAGGUGCAGAGGGAUUAACCCAAAUGACCACCCUUUUAAAUCUGAGCUUGACAGGAUAAGCAAAUUCCAGAAGAAAUUGGAACUCCUUCCGCGUUUGAGUGAAGCCCAGAGGCAAGAUAUGAGGAACACAAGUAGAGGGGAGGGUCCAAAUAUGAACUGUGAGGAGCAGGCUGGUCAAAAAAGAAAGUAUACAUCUUCUGAAGAACAAUCAGCUCAAACUGGUGCAAAGGAAUUCCUUGAGAAAGAAACAGGGGAACUUCGUGUUGAUAAUAGGGGAAAUAGCAAGGAAGCAAUAGUAAUUGACAUUUCAGAUGAUGAUGAUUAGCUACCUGCAGCCUAAUUUUCCCUAAUUAUG